AUGGGCACAGGAAUUCCUCUGUUGAAUGAAUACAAGCGAGACUUUUUCUACAAACGCCUCCCUCAGACCAUCCUGGGAGGCCCUAAGUUAAAACUAGGCUAUGAGGCUCCAGUGUAUGUGUAUCUGAAUCAAGUGUUGUUGUUUAUCAUCCCCUUUCUGAUAGGGGGUGUAUUCACCCUCCUUGUGGAGCUAGGUACUGUUACAGAUUACAUAGCUGUAAUCGUGUAUGGCUGUCUCAUCUUCACCUUUGUACUUAUAACACAAAUUAUAUCUACAGCUGUCCAGCUUCAGAACUCAUCAGACUUAACUCUACCAAUUAAGAAAAAAAAUCUACUGGCUGAGGAUGAUGAGGUGGACUUCUUUUCAUGUUGUGGUGUGGAAACAUUUGAAUUUGUGGCGCCAAAAAAAAAAUUCAUGGUUAAUAUUGUGCUGCAUUCAGUGGUAGGAGGAAGCAUGUGUGGGCUUGCCUUGUGGUACUUACUACCUACAACCCUAGGAGAUUUGUACAGUUACAACACCGGGGUGACUGUUAUACUUUAUACUUUUGGCUGGAUCACUCUUUGUGUGGCUCAGUAUCCUCUCACCAUCACGGCCCCACCAGAACCUGCCACUUUCAGGACCUUAGAUAGUUGGGAGUUGUCUCCCCUGAUGCGACCAUUUUAUGUGUUUUUGUGUAUCACAUUUCAUCUCUUAUACAGAUUCUUGUCCACAGUGUUCUUAUCCACAGACCAAACUCUCCAUGUUCUGUUCUCAUUCUUGCCACUGUUAUGGAUGCUUGGGAUAUUACCACCCUUAGAUGCUGUCUUCUACUGGCUGUUUGAACAACUACAUGUACACCUCCUUGGGGGUUCAACUAGUGCAUCUGGUGUUCGGCUUGUCGUGCUGUUGACACUAUCCCUUGGAGUGUACCUUGGUGCUUAUUUCAUUUCGGCGAGUCUUGGGUCCGUGCUACUGGCAGCUCUGUGUGGCUAUCUCCUCAGUACAGACCUUGGCAGUCUCGGGGACCAGUUACACACCUUCAUCCACACUCGCAACAAGGUCGCCUCAGGUAGUCAGGAUACCAUUAACUCAAACCACAGAUGUCAGUUUUUGUGGAAGUGGCGGCCGUUGGAGUUUCUGUACCAUUUCAUCAUGUUGGCUAUUGUUGGAGUGUUAGCAGGACUUGUCAAUUACAAUUUAACAAAUGAUGACAGUAUUUGGAGGAUUCUUGGAUAUGUAAUAAUUGGACUGUGUGUAGUGGAGAAGAUUUUGAGAGAUAUUCAGAGUGUGUACAUUAUACUAGGAUUGUGGAGAAAUAUGUUAUUUCCACCAACAGCUACUCGUACAAACUUGUUUAAGGACAGAAAAAGAAAAUUAAAACCAUUAGGUGUUCUGCGCCGAGUAAUUGUGAAUUGGGUGGCUCCUCUCAUCAUGCUAGCAUAUUGUUCAUUACUGGUUACAACUACAGAUCCAACCACUAAGUCGUUGCGUUCAGACAUAUCUACAUACACAUCAGUCUGGUACAUCUUUGGUGUGGUCAGAGUGUUCCGCUGGGUCUGGCAGAGUACUCCCAAUUCAUUGCUUGAGCUGUCCAUCACCCACCUCAUCCUAGUCACACUCAGUACUAAUUCCACCGUUGCAGAAUUUGGAUUACCUAUUCUCUCGCUAAUUAUAGGCCUGUGUAGAGACAGGUUUUUCCAGUUCCUCAAUAAGUUAUAUUUUUGUGUGUCUCUCUUGAUAUCUUCCUGGACAGACAAGAAACAGCGUCGAGGAUCAACAGCUGUCAUUAUUUUCCUGUCCAUUAUCCUGUUCCCUGUGGUGCUGGGUAUUAUACUGGUGGCCACGGCCUUGUCUGCACCCCUUCUACCACUCUUUACAUUACCUAUCUUUUUCAUCACUUUUCCACGUCCUAGUAAAUUCUGGCCUGAAGCGGUUGGUGCCUCAGCAAAUGUCUGUGCUGAUUCCAUGUUUUAUCGACAGUUUGCUCCUAAAUUUGCUGAAGUCUUGAGAACUGCAUUUGCAGAUGGGAGUUUAGGUGAGCCUGUGCCAGGUAACCACUAUCUUGUGAGGUUCCAGGACCGUCUUGCUUGGGUGCAGGUUCUAGAGCGGGGAUGUGGCUACUGUACGGUAAACAUUAAAGGUCUGGAACUACAGGAGACAUCCUGUCACACAGCAGAGGCAGCCAGACUGGAUGACAUCUUUGAAGAGGCGUUUGAGCGGGAGCAAGGGUUUGCACUUGGGUCGAUGAACCAGUACCCCUUACAUACACUAACACCUGUGGAUGCAGCGUAUGUUCACACCUACUCUGAUGCCAGAAAUGUGUUAACAGGAAUCAUAGACAGUCCUGGCAGUUAUCAGACCACAAUGACAGCUUUCUCUAAAAGUCUGGUGUGGGUACUAUUGCAUCAUAUCAAUCGAACCAAAUGUAGCACCACUUCACCAUUUGUAGACAGGGACAGUGAUAGUGGUUGUGACUCCUCAGAAGGAAAGGAGAAAAUGGAGAUGGAGGAAAUCAAUCAUAACCAGGAGACUAUGAACAAUAACUUGUCACCCCCUUCAGCCUCAAGGAGAGUGGUUGGGGCCAGCUCAAUGACAGGUGUAAAAACUGUGGAUACAGUAGUCAUGGUAAAUAAACCUCCAGUAGUGAAACGGCAGUCAUCCUGGGCUUCUAUAGAGAGCUUUGCUGACAGUUUGUGGUCAGAUGAUGGAAUCUUCGAUAAUAAGACUAACAAAAAUACUUUUCAGAAGUCCAAAGUUUCAACAUAUCCAUCUGUAGAUAACUCUAAGAGUAAAAACAAGCUUUCUGGUGAUAAGGAUGAUUUAGACGAUUUGUUUGAAGAGUUAGACUUUGGUUUACCUGCAUCAGAUAUUACAAAGCCAAAGCAAGUGAUGCAGCCCACAUUUACAGCCAUGAAGUCUAAAGCUGGAGCUAUUGGCAACAACACUAUAUAUAAACCUGUCACAAACCUGGCUGGCUCACCUGACUUUAAGUGUCCUCAUUCAUUCCACAUCAGCGUGCCUGCACGAUGGCGAGAGUUGCCAGUGGAAUACUCACAGCUUUCUCGCUACCUGGACCAGUUUCCGAGGGAGUGGUAUCGCUUUGUCCUAGGAACACUUGAUUGGUCAGUAACUGGCCAGCCAAGGGAGAAAGUAGCUAUAGAUGUCGGUCAAGAUGACACACUAAUGAAUUGCUAUGCACAGCUAGUGAUGGCAUGUUACUCCAUAUUUGAUGCUCAAGCAUCCUUCAGUUCCGCAAGCACACUCUAUAAGUACUACACAGGCGAUCUGCCUUGGAACGCCAUGUUGGACUGGUUGUCUGAGGACAAGGAGCUGCAUUCACUUGUUAUCAAGUGUUUCAGGUAUGGGUUUAAGCUGAUGUUGGAUCAAAUGUUGCUUGGAGAGGCGACUUCCUCAGAGGAACUGCAGGAGUACAUGGAGGAAUAUGACAGAGACUGGUACAUUGGACUUGAGUCUGAUGAUCAAUGGAAGACUGCAGUACUGGCCAGUAAACCUAAUCUCUUCUCUCUUGGCCAUAACAAUCAACAGGGAACUUACACAAGUCGAGUGCUGUCAUUACAAGAGGUGGCUGCUCAUAUAGGUCGACUGAACACAGAAGUAGUGCGGGGCCAGUGGGCAAACCUUAGCCUGGAAUUGUUGUAUUUCACCAACGAUGAUGAAGAGCGCUAUAGUAUUCAGGCCCAUCCUACAGUUCUCAGGAACCUGACAGUACAGUCAGCGGACCCACCUCUAGGUUACCCUAUCUUCUCAUCACCACCGAUUAGCAUCCCCACUAUCUGAGGGGUCAAAGAACAUUCCAGAGGUCCCUCAGCUAAUCAACAUCCCCAUAGCUCUGAAGCCUCUCAGCCAAUCAGCAUUCCCACCAUCUAAAGGGUCAAAAAUGAACUUGGAAGUCUUUUAGCCAAUCAGCAUCCCCACCAGCUUAGGGUUAUAGUUAAUUCAGAAUUCUCAGUCAGUUCCCUCAGUAUCCCGACCAUAUCAAGGUUUAACUGUCUAAUACCAUUCUGUUAUUUGUGACGGCUAUUCCUGU